AACUUUAAAUGUUAAUUAAGAAAUAAUUUGUUACUAUAAUUAUUAUUAAUUAACUUUUUCGCAAUAAGUGACGCUAAAGAUGUUAGUGAUUUAUGUCCCGACCUCGAUCUUGAGGAUGGACAUCGAUGGUCGUGAGUUGUCGGCGUUUAGUGUCUCCGAGGCUUCAUUUGCCCUUUUUCUGUGUCGCGGGUUCGAUAAAUAAAGAAUAGAUAAAAAUAGAGAAAAAUAUUAGAGAUUAAUGUUAAAAAAUAAUUUGCGGGUAAUUGAACUUAAAAAAAUAAUUAUUGACGUUUAGUAUUUAUAUUGAGGAAGUAAAGAAAAGUCACUUAGAAGCGGACGGAAGUGAUAAGUUAUCUCUGAUCUGGUUAUCUAGAGUCUGGAGCAAAAACUGGAGCACUAGAACUUCGCUGGAAUGCUGUAGUGUCGUAUCUGGAGCUAGAGAAGAAUGACACGUGUUUAGUAGAGAUUUUUUAGGGCAAUUAUUUGCUAUAGACGUCGUCCACGUGUGGAGUAUUAACGUGCCGGGUAUUGAUAUUUUAAUAUUUUACAUACAUCGCGUAGUUUUGGAGUUUUAUUUAAAUGUGUGUCGAGGAGUAAUUUCAAUAACAGUGUAUAAAAUAUAAUAAUUCUAUCAAGGAGAAGACGUCACGAGAUAAUCGAUUUAAGUUGAGUCUACUGCAUCGUCACGGUACGAUGACCUCCAAACCGGGAAGGUCCUACUCCGUGAGGUCCCCAAGGGUGGGAGGGCCGCUAUCGCAGUCACUAGCGAUGAUACCGCCGACAAUGCACGGUCAUGAUUUCAAUCAACCGUUGUCAAGAGUGGUGAUGGUCCGGAAGACUGACCAGAGGACCUUUAGCAAAGGUCGCAGAGGUGGCGAGCCUCUUCUCGAGACUGUAACACGUGAGACUGUUGAGUUAUUCAACGGCGGACGAGCUGAAAGAAAAUAUACCUCUGAAACUAGGGAUAUUGUUACACCCAAGUCUAGUAGUAUGCCAUCACUGAAUGUAAACAGGACCAAAAAGAAGGCUGUUGCGUUUGUCGAUCAAAUUGAAAGAUCACGGGCUGACUCAGUGAGAUCCAAGUCACCAUUAACAGCGUCUCCAGCUUCUCCAGGUCCACUAUCUAGUUCACUGCACGGUAGUUUCCACGGGAGUCUUGGCAGUGAUGGAAUGUCAUGCAGUAGUGCUAGGUCAUCAUCGGCAUCUCCAGACUCCGCUCGUUAUUCUUCAACGCCGAUAACAAAGACUGACACGCGUAAACCGUCUGUGCGUAGAUUUGGACCUGACAAGGAAUUCAUCAAUCUUUGUUUGGAGACUCACAAUUAUUAUCGUAACCGACAUGGCGUUCCUGCAUUGCGACUCAAUAAACAGCUUUGCAAAACAAGUCAAGACUGGGCAAAUAUUUUAGCUACAAAAGGUAGAUUAGAACAUCGUGCAAAUAUUGAAUAUGGAGAGAAUCUUUACUGUAUGUGGAGUUCAAAUCCUAAAACAAUUGUCAACGGUGAUGAGCCUGUUAAUGAUUGGUAUGCCGAAGAAACUCAACACCAAUACAAUAGAGAACCAACGACCCUAAAGACAGGUCAUUUCACCCAAAUAGUCUGGCGGAGCAGCACCGAGCUGGGCGUAGGAAUGGCCCGCAAUCGUAAUGGUGAAGUUUAUGUCGUGUGUAAUUACAACCCAGCUGGUAAUUUUCUGGGCAGCUUUAUGGAAAACGUACUCCCGCCAGUCGAAAGUACUUCCUCGCCAUCCCGCUUCACCGCUAGGCUCAAAAUCAGCUCCAAAACGCUCGAUCAGCAGGCUUGGCAGAAAGAGGCUCUUGCGGUUCAUAAUGAAUACAGACGACGUCAUCGUUCUCCGGAGCUUAUUCUUAAUGAUGAAUUAAGUGCUGCUGCCAAGGCAUGGGCUAACAAGUUAUUGAACUCAAGUAAAUUAAUACCGCAGUCAUCAUCACCUUAUGGCGAAAAUAUAUAUUCCGUUCAAUGUUCCGAUCCUAAUAAUAUUGUCUCAGCACGUGAAGUUGUUGCUAAAUGGUAUUCCGAACGUAAAGAACAUAAAUUUGGUGUUGAGCCGAAAAUUUUAAACACAUGUCAUUUUACACAAAUAGUUUGGAAGAGCACGCAAGAAAUGGGAAUUGCAAUGGCUAAAAAAGACGGUAAUUGCAUUAUCGUCGCUUGCUAUUACCCCCGAGGAAAUAUCGUAGGACAGUUUACUGAAAAUGUUCUUAAGCCUAUUAAAAGUAUUUGAUAAAAUGUAUUAUUACUGUAAUAAUUAUUAAAUACGGGUUGAUUUAAUAUAUUUUCUUCUUAA